AUGCUGGAUGAGCCAGGAUCUCCCGGAGUGGUGGUGGAGGAGCCAGAAUCUCGCGUAGUCAUGCUGGGCAAGGAGAAGACUGUGGAGGCCCCUGCAGUCACCCCCUCACCACCUCCCAAGGGUACGUCAUCAGGCCAGCCCUCGGCGGACCUGCGGCGGUACAGGACCGCAUUCACCAGGGAGCAGAUUGCUCGUCUCGAACGGGAGUUCAUGAGAGAGAACUAUGUCAGCCGUCCACGACGCUGUGAACUGGCCAAGGAACUAAACCUAACUGAAGGUACCAUCAAGGUGUGGUUCCAGAACAGACGCAUGAAGGAUAAGCGACAGAGGAUGGCUGUGGCUUGGCCCUAUGCUGACCCUACCCUAGCCUACCUGCUUCACGCCGCAGCUGCUUCAGGAGCUUACCCUCCCUACCUGGCGCCCUCGUCCGUACCCGGAGCUCCCUGGGGUAGCCCGCCCAUCAUGGGAGCCACCCCGCCUCUCACUUACGCCGCCCCACACUUGACCUACGCACCGCAGCCGCCCCCUGUCAGCCGCUUUUCUCCAUAUCCACGCCCACAGCCACCUACGCUGCCCCAGCCGUAUUCACUUCCUGCUGACAUUCACUCUACUCACCCAUUGUCUCCAACUCCCGUUCUUCCACGCUCACCCAUGUGUGGACACCUGCCUGCUUGCCCUGCAUACACCUCUCCCAAGGACGUCUGUCUGUGUGGUUUCAUGUACUCGAAUUUUACGCAAGGCCUUCCACACCCCAUGCAGUUCUCCUGUUCCAAGGAUUCCAAGACAGCUCACAAAUCAAGUAAAUCAGUCUCAUUACCAAGCUUUUCCCCAGUGUCAAGCUGCAGCAGCAGCAGCCCAGAGAGACGAGAGUCCCCAAAACCCAGCGAACCUGUAAACCCGAACCCGGCUGCACCGCUGGCCACCAGCACUCCCAGACUUUUUAAGCCAUACGACGACGAACCUUUAGCCAGAGUGUAGCAAGAUGCUAUUAUACAAUCUUUUUGUGUCGCUUCUCCAGCCUCGCUAGUGUUCUUAUGGCCACGCAAGUAUCGUGCUCAUAACAUCUCGAGUGACUUAUUUACCGUAUACUUUCCUUAGUGACGUGUCUAUACUCUCCUCUAGUGUCGAGUCUACAACACUGAUAUGCUGUCCCUUUGGCGUCGUUACUGCCGUGUCUAUAGCAAACUUUGUUA